AUGACAGAACGAGCAUGCUGUGUAAAUAUAACUAUAGGGGUCCUGGCUGAGCGGUCGGCUGUUUUGGAUUUUCCGUUCUCUAUUAACAGGACGAAGGGUUUAAUUGACAUAGCAAUUAACAAAACUCGUCAUAUGUUGAAAGAUGCUGCUCAUUUGGAGUACGUUAUAAUGCCAUGCGAUGUUCCGACAUGUGUAGCGACAAAAUGGGGAGCGCUUUUUUCAGAGAUGUACCACAAGUAUAGGCCUCACGCUGUGAUAGGGCCAGGUUGCACUCCGUCAGUACAGACAGUGUCACGAAUGGCGGCGUCAUGGAAUAUCCCUCAUAUCACUUACGUCGGCACCGACGAAUCUUUAGGCGACAAGCACGAGUUUUCCAUGUUAUCCCGACUGUCCUUUACCAUGAACUUAUUUGCCACGUUCUAUAUCGAGGUUUUCAAUGCAUUUGAGUGGACAUACAUUGCUAAUAUAUACGAUUCAAACACGUACCUACCUAACCUUGUUGGUACCAGCCUUCAGCGCAGUUUUGCCGAAGAAGCUCCUCAUAUUAAAUCCUAUCCAGUGCCUUUUAAUGGUCAUUCGGAGAAUCUGGCAGCAGAACUAUCAAAGGCAAUUAACCGAGCUGCUACAAAAGCAAGAGUCUUUGUAGUAUCUUGUCUCGGUGAUGUUUUGCGACGAAUGGUUCUACAAGCUCGGAACUCUGUCCUGGCAGGCGAGGAAUACGAAGCCCGUUUGGCUUAUCAGUCUGUAAUGGUAAUUCGACCUCGUCGACCUACCACUCAAGAAUUCUUUGAGUUCGAACAGGACGUGAAGGAUAGAGCACUAACAGAGUAUAACUACACGUGGAGAGAGGAUCAUGAGGUAAACAUUUAUAAUAUUGGCCACUAUGACUCAUUUAUCCUUUAUGCGCAUGCGCUGAACGAGACAUUGUCUGCCGGAGAAGACCCACGAGAUGGCGCCAAAGUCGUCAAAAGGAUGUGGAACAGAACAUUUCCAGGUAUUGGUGGUCCAGUUUUCGUGAAUGAAAAUGGCGACAGGGAUACAGACUUUACUUUGCUUGAUCUUGAUCCCGACACAGGAGAGUUUCAGAUAGUCGCCCAGUACCUUGGGUGGACUAGGAAGUUUGAGUUCAUCCCGAAUGUCUCUAUACAUUGGCCGCAAUCUGGAACCGCACCUCCAAACAUUCCAGCUUGUGGUUUUACUGGAGAACUGUGCGUAACAUUUCGAACAGAAAUUAUAACAUUGAAUCCACAUGACAUUGUACGCCAGUCUCAUAGCUCAAAGGCAACUGGUAUGCUAAGGCGCCAGAAAGCAGAGGCUGAAAUUCACAGUAACUGGUGGCGUAUUACCUUGGAAGACAUUGCCAUGCAGACACAUUCAUCUUUCUUCUCAAGUCGGAGAAAGUAUGAAAGCGACGAAAGGUCAUCGGUGUCACUUGCAACACACGCCGUUUGUUUCCAGACCGUGGGUGUCUAUCGUGGAACUCAAGUUCAUAUUAGAAAGCCGAAGAUCAGGUCUAUAUCUGUAGACAGGAAAUUACUUCUAGAGCUGAAACAGAUGCACCAAAUAACAAGCCCAAACCUUACCCGUCUGAUUGGAAUAUGCCCUGAAGUAGACAAUGUUUGUAUCCUUACUGAACAUUGUUCCAGAGGUAGUCUACAGGAUAUUCUUCACAACGAGUCAUUUCAACUGGACUGGGAUUUUCGGAUUUCCCUGAUUAAUGAUAUUGUAGAGGGUAUGCAUUACCUUCACACGAGCCCAAUACAAACCCAUGGAAGACUGACGAGUUCAAAGUGUGUUAUUGAUAGCAGAUUUGUCCUAAAAAUCACAGAGUUUGGUUUAGAUAGCAUAAACAAUACAACCAGUAAUAGAAGUGUUGAACAAAAUGCGUAUACUUCUUCACUGCCUGAGCUGCUCUGGAUGGCUCCUGAGCAUCUACGUAUAUAUCCACCAAGAAGAUCUUCACAACCUGGCGACGUCUAUAGUUUUGCCAUUAUUUUGUAUGAAAUGUGCACAAGAAACGAGCCUUACGUCAAUGAAAGCUGGUAUAUGUCGUUAGACGAUACCCUUGAAAAAAUAAAACGUGGAGGAACUCGGCCAACAUUAGAUGAGUCUGAAUCACUUCCGGAUGUUGUCAGAUUGACCAAAUGCUCUUGGCUAGAAAUGCCCGAAGACAGACCUUCAUUCUCAAAUAUAAGAAGAGUUAUCAAAACUGUGAAAAUGAAAAGAAAUAUGAACCCGGCGGAAAAUGUUCUAGACGUGUUGUUAAAUCGAAUGGAGCAGUAUGCCAACAACUUGGAGGGCUUGGUUGAAGACAGAACUCAAGCGUUCCUCGAUGAGAAGAAAAAGUCCGAAGAUUUAUUGUACCAAGUCUUGCCUAAGAGUGUUGCUGAUCAGUUGCGUAUAGGAAAUGCUGUUAGCCCCGAGUCAUACAGCUCUGUUACAAUAUAUUUCUCCGAUAUCGUCGGGUUUACAGAAAUAUCCGCUAAAAGUUCACCAUUUCAGAUAGUGGAUUUUUUGAACGACCUGUACACAUGUUUUGACUCAAUCAUUGAAAAUUACAAUGUGUAUAAGGUUGAAACGAUCGGUGAUGCUUACAUGGUGGUGUCUGGACUUCCGGAAAGGAACGGAAACGAGCACGUACGGCAAAUAGCUCGCAUGUCGUUUGAUAUACUACACAACGUGCGCCAGUUUACGAUACGGCACCAGCCUGAAACACGUUUGAAAGCUCGUAUUGGGAUACACACAGGACCUGUGUGCGCCGGUGUUGUGGGAAGGAAAAUGCCUCGUUAUUGCCUUUUUGGCGACACUGUAAAUACUGCGAGUCGAAUGGAAUCUAAUGGAGAAGCUAUGAAAAUACAUAUCAGCGAACAGACGAAACAAUUGUUAGAACUGGGCAAGAAUUUCAUCACUGAAGAGAGAGGUGUCAUUGAUAUAAAGGGAAAGGGAUUGACAAAAACAUUCUGGCUGAUAGACGAAAUAUCAAGCAAUUUGGAAACAAUAAUGUUAUGAAAACGUAAAACCGUGUUGCAUGACACAAAACACUGUACGGGAUUUCUCGUUAAAAUUUGUACCUCACGCGGGUAGCAAAAAAACACAUAAAAAACCCCAAAAACAACAAACAAACAAAAACAAAUCAAUUACCAUUCCCUUCUGUACAUGCCUGAGGAAACGAAUACCAGAUAAAGUACAUGCAUUUUAUCCACAGUUCGAUCGUCACAUGGCACAAAUGGCGUGUAAAACAAAUCCGGGGUGACUUCUAUUGUCGAAAUAGAGAAAGAAAAAGCUGUUUUUGUUUUAAAUUUAUGUUUUUGGUAAAAGUCCAUUUCACUGUGACUUAAAGUAAUAUUUUUUCCGUGAAAUACGUCAAGAAAUAGUUGCCGGAAUUCAGUAAAAUAGAUGUUUUGCAUUUUCAGUUUUAAUAUACCCACGUUUUAUAUGUUU